GACCGGGGGCGUGGCCGGGGGCGUGACAGGGGCGUGGCAUCGCGCGGCCGGGAGGCUGCUGCGGCAGCAGCUGUCGCGCCAGUCGCAACAGAAGCAGGUCCGAGGCACAGCCCGAUCCCGCCAUGGAGCAGCCGAGGAAGGCGGUGGUAGUGACGGGAUUUGGCCCUUUUGGGGAACACACCGUGAACGCCAGUUGGAUUGCAGUUCAGGAGCUAGAAAAGCUAGGCCUUGGCGACAGCGUGGACCUGCACGUGUACGAGAUUCCGGUUGAGUACCAAACAGUCCAGAGACUCAUCCCCGCCCUGUGGGAGAAGCACAGUCCACAGCUGGUGGUGCAUGUGGGGGUGUCAGGCAUGGCGACCACAGUCACACUGGAGAAAUGUGGACACAACAAGGGCUACAAGGGGCUGGACAACUGCCGCUUCUGCCCCGGCUCCCAGUGCUGCGUGGAGGACGGGCCUGAAAGCAUUGACUCCAUCAUCGACAUGGAUGCUGUGUGCAAGCGAGUCACCACGUUGGGCCUGGAUGUGUCGGUGACCAUCUCGCAGGAUGCCGGCAGUGGUCCCUCUGAUAAGUCAGACACGGAAACUAUGAAGCUCCUACUGACUGACACGUUUCCGUACAUAUAUACGUCACUUGGCCUGCUGCUUUACGAUUUUGUCUUGUUUUGCUUUGCUUUUACGUGGAUGGAGUCACACGGCGAAAGUCACACUUUACUGAGAAUUCUCUUCCUCAGUUUUCAUUCAUAUCUCUGCGACUUUACCUACUACACCUCUUUGUACCAGAGUCACGGUCGAUCAGCCUUCGUCCACGUGCCCCCACUGGGGAAGCCGUACAACGCGGACCAGCUGGGCAGGGCACUGAGAGCCAUCAUUGAGGAGAUGUUGGACCUCCUGGAGCAGUCAGAGGGCAAAAUCAACUAUUGCCACAAACACUGAGGGACGCUUAGGUCUCCUAAGACCUCAUCUUGCUGGGGACCCCACGAGGGGACAUCCACCCUCUGGGGUGUGGCCAGGAAAAGACAAGCUCUUCAGCUUGGGGAUCCGAUCUGGAAGAGAGAUUCUGAUCUGCCCACCUCCUCUUCCUCCUUCUCUACAAAAGCUCCGGUUGAUUUGAGGGAAGUGGUGAAAUUUUUUUUUCUCCCAUUUUCCUCCCUGCAUCUGGGGACACAGCUGCCGUGACCAGGGAGGCCAGCCUGGGAGGUCCAGAUGCCCAGGGAGAAUCUUGGUCUGGUGGAUCCAUGAGCUGCGAUACCACGGCUGGGGCCAUGUGUUCACCUGCUUUCCUGUCCAUUGGUGAAGGAAUUUCAGAAUUCAUUUUAUAUCCAAGACUGGCUUUUACCAAAUUUAAAAGCCUCUCAAUGCGUCCUCGACCUUGAACUGUGCUCAACAGCCUGGCCCUUUCUGGGGCCACCCUGGGAUAUGGCAUUUUUUCUUUCUUUCUUUCUUUCUUUCUUUCUUUCUUUCUUUCUUUCUUUCUUUCUUUCUUUCUUUCUUUUCUUUCUUUUCUUUCUUUCUUUCUUUCUUCUCUCUCUCUCUUUUUUUUUUUAAAUAGUGCUAGUUUGGGCACAGAGUAAUUUAUAUUCCCUUUGGUUAAAAUGCAGGCUUUUUAGCCAACAACAAAAGUGUUUUCCCCCCACCCCCACUCGCCCACCAGGGUGAGGCCACUUUUGCCUCCUGCCCUGAAAAUUGGACUUAAGAUGCCAUGUCUUGGCCGGGCGCAGUGGCUCAUGCCUGUAAUCCCAGCACUUUGGAAGGCCAGGGUGGGCGGAUCACCUGAGAUCAGGAGUUCAAGAUCAGCCUGGCCAACAUGGUGAAACCCUGCCUCUACUAAAAAUACAAAAAUUAGCCGGGCAUGGUGAUGAGUGCCUGUAGUCCUAGCUACUUGGGAGGCUGAGGCUGGAGAAUCGCUUGAACUUGGGAGGCAGAGGUUGCAGUGAGCUGAGAUUGCACAGCUGCACUCCAGCCUGGGUGACAGAGCGAGACUCUGUCUCAAAACAAUUGGACUUAAGAUGGUAUGUCUUUGUUUUAGGGCCAAAAAUGAGGCCCCUUUGCUUAAGGCAUGGGGUCCGUGGCCAGGCGACGGGGUGGGACUGCCGCCCCAGAUGUGGCCAUGGGGGUCGUGGUCCUUUCAACACCAAGCUAUGAGCUGUUGCCAUGGAGACCAGGGCCACCUGUGGAAAGGCGGAUUUUGUCUGCUUUUGACUUUUCUUUUUUAAUAUGUAAAACUCCACAUCAGCGGAAACCCCCCCCCCCCCCACUUCUGGCCUGGAGCUUCAAGGUUUUGGUGCUGGGACGAGUUUGUUGUUCUCCUUAGCGGGGUGGCACGGGGGGCUCAAAACGGGGGCGCGGGGGCUGGAGUUGGCAGAGCUCUGCAUGUCCCGGCAUGUCUGGGCAGGAGGAAUUCCGGGCGGCCAAAGGGUUUUAUGUAGAUUGCUUUUGGACACUCGCCCAGGAGUCAGGAGUCGAUUUUUAUCUCACUUCCUGGUAACCUUGAACUUACCAGGCAGGGAUGAGAUGAUGUAAACUUCCUCAGAUGACGUAAGUUCAGCCACAUCUUGCUGCCCAUUAGGGAGAGAGGACGACCCCCACAGUGAAACUAAUUGAGUGAAAUGCACGUUCUGGAAAUCAGUUUCUAUUUUGGCCUGGGGGAAUGUGGCUAUACUGCUUCCCUGAGUGUGACACAGUUGGAAUCUAAUCUUGUUGGUUUCCCAACAUCUAGGUUUUUGUUUUGUUUUGUUUUGUUUUUUUGUGAUAGGGUCUUGUUCUGUUGACCAGGCUGGAGUACAGUAGUGUGAUCAUGGAUCACUGCAGCCUCUACCUCCCGGGCUCAAGUGAUCCUCCCAUCUCAGCCUCCUGAGUAGCUGGGACUACAGGCAUGCACCACCACACCUGGCUAAUUUUUAAAUUUUUUAUACAGACAGGGUUUUGCCAUGUUGCCCAGGCUGGUCUCGAACUCCUGGACUCAAACUGAUCCUCCUUUCUCGGCCUCCCAAAGUGCUGGGAUUAUAGGCAUGAGCCACUGCACCCAGCCCAGUUCUUUCUUAAAGCAGCUGAGAGUUUUGUUUUCUUCAGCGUUCACCUUCCUUGUCUCCAGUUCUGAUGCUGACAGUGGUUCCUACCUCUGUUGGGUUUCUAGAUAGUUUGGGAACGGGAUUGAUGGGUUUCUGUGAAACACAUUUUCCAAGUCUUGGGCUUUCUCUGGAGGGGAAGGUGGAUGCUGGCGGGUGACUUGUAGUGGGCGCCUGGCAGUGGGUGUGGACUGUAACUGACAGGUGGAAAUGAGUAGGGACACUAUUGUUCCCUCCAUGCCAGCCUUUUUUUUUGCUGGAAAUGCCCCCUCCACACCCCUGGUAGCUCUGUGUCCUGAGAAAUCCAGAGUGUGGGAGACAUCACUGCAUCUGUCCCCCCAGCUUCUGUGAAGGGAAGCUGUGGCCUCUUUUGAAUGUGGGGAACAACUGAAGACUCAGGGGUCACCCAGAGGUCUGGUGGAAAGCAACUUCAGGUUUCAUCUUGCUCUAUUCCUCAAAGGUCUGGUCUCUGGGCCUCUGAGGAGAAAACAGGUCUAGCCAAGACAGGGGCAAAAUGGGGAAGGGGGUGUGCCAGGCCUGAACUGAGCUAAGCACCUGCCCCGGGCUCCACACUUCCAUCCUUCUUUUGUCUUCAUUUCGCCUCUGUGUUUAAAGCACUGUGUGACAUAGCUCCUUAGAGAUAUAACCUAUUGUCUGCUCAUUGUCAAGUGUGUGUGUGUCAUCUUUGUGUUCUUGCAGUGGUUUCACAUUUCCUUACCGAGUCAAGCCAGUAUCCCAUCCUUCCUCAUAAUGCACAAGAUUUGGCUCAUUUUAUUUUUCUCAUUGUUAUUUUUUAUUUUUAUUUUUUGAGACGGAUUCUCACACUGUCACCCGGGCUAGAGUGCAAUGGCGUGAUCUCGGCUCACUGCAACCUCCAACUCCUGGGUUUACACAAUUCUCCUGCCUCAGCCUCCCCAGUAGCUGGGAUUACAGGCGCCCGUCACCACACCUGGCUAAUUUUUGUAUUUUUAGUAGAGAUGCAGCUUCACCAUGUUGCCAGGCUGGUCUUGAAAUCCUGACCUCAGGUGAUCUGCCUGCCUUGGCCUCCCAAAGUGCUGGGAUUACAGGUGUGAGCUACUGUGCCUGGCCAAGUUUUUUACAAAUAUUUUUCUUUUGGUGGAACUCAUCUGUGCACUCUCUGGUGUGUUUUUCCACCUUUGUUGGGUCUUGGCUUAAAAUAUCCUCAUGUGGGCUAGGUGUGGUUACUCACACCUGUAAUCCUAGCACUUUGGGAGGUUGAGGCAGGAGAAUCCCUUGAGCCAGGAGUUCAAGACCAGCCUGGGCAACAUAGCAAGAAACCCCAUAUCUAUCAAAACAUACAAAAAUUAGCCAGAUGUGGUGGUGCAUACCUGUGGUCCCAGAUACUCAGGAGGCUGAGGCAGGAGGAUCACCUGUGCCUGGGAGGUUGAAGCCCCAGUGAGCCAUGAUCACACCACUGUAGUCCAGCCUGGGUGACACAGCAAGACUCUCUCAAAAAAAAAAAAAAAAAAAUCCUCAUGCAAGAAGGUAAGGACCAAGUCCCAUUCCCUCUUGCCUCAUUUUCAGAGCCUGGGGUAGGGGCUACAGGUGGCAUAGGAAGGGUCUGCAAUGUGGGUGGGACUUGGCAGGUGUUGGGAAGAGGAAUAGGGGUGGCAAGUGUCAAUGGUGAAAAGACAGGCUGAGGGGUGUGGUGGGAAGGCUGGGGGAGAAAGGUGAGAAGUGAUUGGGGGGGCUUCCCUGAUGAGUCCUCAUGGAGGGUGCUGGUGCUGAGGCAGGGAACAGGGGUGCAGGGACAGUGAUCAGGGCACCUGGUGCCCUGACCAACUUGAUGAUGGCAUCUCUUUUAAGAUGCCCAAGUCUGUGCACCUUUAUUCCUUUAUUCGGCCCCUAGCACCCCCUCCCCAACCCAAAGAAGGUCAGUAGCAUGCGUGUGGGGAUGUAGCUCAAAAAAGAAAUAAGAUGGAGUGGAAAGGAAAGAAAGGAAGAAGCAGGAAUUCAAGGUGGGUGAGCUGAGCUUGGGGCCACCUAGCCCACCUGCUCCAAUCAAGGGCUGGAACAAACCUGAGGCCACUUGGAGAGGCAGGGCUGGGCAGGGACAGGGGGUGGGGGCCGAAAUCACAGCUUCCCCAUCAGAGCCAGAUGUGUGAAGGAAAUGUCCCAGAUGGCAGUAGUUUCUUGGCAAGGAGGGGAAUCCUGGAGAUGGUUCAUGUCUGUGAUCCCAGCGCUUUGGGAGGCUGAGGUGGGAGGAUUGCUUGAGCCCGGGAGUUCGAGACCAGCCCUGGGCAACAUGGCGAGACCCCAUCUCUACAGAAAUUUAAAAAAAAUUAGCCAGUUGUGGUGUCAAGCACCUGUAGUCCCAGCUACUUGGGAGGCUAAGUUGGGAGGCUUAUCUGAGCCCGGGAGGUGAAGGCUGCAAUGAGCCAUGAUUACACUACUGUACCCCAGCCUGGGCAACAGAGCAAGACCCUGUCUCAAAAUUAAGAAAAAUAAAAGGGGGGGGGGGCAGGCGCAGUGGCUUACGCCUGUUAUCCCAGCACUUUGGGAGGCCAAGGCGGACUGAUCACUUGAGGCCAGGAGUUUGGGGCCAGCCUGGCCAACAUAGCAAAACCUCAUCUCUAGUAAAAAUACAAAAAUUAGUCAAGAGUGGAUGGUGCGUGCCUGUAAUCCCAGCUACCUGGGAGGCUGAGACAGGAGAAUUGCUUGAACCUGGGAGGCAGAGGUUGCAGUGGUGUGAGAUCACGCCACUGCAUUCCAGACUGGGCAACAUAGCAAGACUCUGUCACACACACACACACGAAAAGAAUUCCCUGCUCUGCUUUUCUGCUCGUUGCUGGCAUAGAAACAUCUAGAACAGAAAGUAUCCACUCUGGGGCAGGUGGGAGAGCUGGAAAAGUAGAUUCAAGAUGCCUUUUAGUCUUGGAAGUUUCUUCCAGGAAGCAAGACCAGCUGGUAUGUUUACACCUGCACUCCAGUGCCCUGGGGAGGUGACCGGGUGGAGGGAGAUGGCUCAUGGAAAUCUGUCCCGCACAGCCGGCCCCCUUUUGGCUGCCACUGUCUAGACUGCUGGCCUUUGACCUCUCUGCCUCUUGUGGCGUCUGAACCUAGACGUCCCUUUUGGAGACAGCUGGACAAAGCCCUAUUCUCCGCAGCCCCAGCCUCUAUCCUGAGGCCUCUGGGAGCCGUGUGACGGCCAGCGUGGGGUGCUGAUCAUGGUCAAGGAGGCAGGUCUUUGCCAGGUUGCCCCAUGCAGCCACCCAUCCUCAGCAUCCUAACUUGAGGGGACAGGAGAGGGCUUUGUUUUUAUAAUCCGGAUUAAAUUUCCCUUCCCUGGGCACAAGUGCCUCAUGAGGGCCCGGGGCUGCUGGGUGGGAGGGAAAGCAUCCCCGUUUUUGCAGUGAGGAGGCCGGCCGAGGGCUGGGGUUCCACUUAGACCCUUGGCAGAAUGGCUGUUGAGGGGCAGGCGCAGCCCAGUGCCCACGUCUGGAAAGCUAAUUCCCGGGUGGACGCUGAACAUACCUGCUGAGAGACUCUGUCCCCUGGUUUCCAGGACAGUUGUCACAAGCUGAGUGGGGGGGGACUCCAAGGACUUCAGGGACCCAGUCCCACCCCAAACUGCUCCCCCUCCCCGAAAUUCCCUUUCUCCUCCUGCUCUUUCUCCCCGCUGUGCCUCCCCCAGUUACCCACAGAAGUGCCUGCCUCUCCAGCGCUCACAGAACACACAAAAAGGGACAGGAAGGUCACUGGGUGGUGGCCGUGGCUCCUGAUGAUCCAGACCAGCGUCUGGCCCAAGCCAUUCAGAGGUGGGGUCUGGGGCCUGGGGGUUUUGUGUCGUGACACUUUGUCUCGAGGAGAUUCCACAUAGGGAUUUGAAUUAGGCUUUCUGCUUGCCAAGGCCUGUGGCAUCUGAGCCUGGCUGAGGGCCGGGCAAGCCUCCCCUGAGCCUUUGGAAGCCGAGUUCACUCUCUGCCUGCCCAGGGGAGCACCGGCUUGGUUUUGGGGGCUCCUCUAACAUCUCAGGUUUUUCUCUUUUCUUAAAUUUCUUUCUAGGAAAAAACCCUUCCCUGCCAAAGGUGACUGUGUUUUCUGCCGCCAAAGCAGGGCCCGGUCCCUCCAGGCUCAGCGUAGCUUCUCCCUGACCCCCGCCCUAGAACUUUUGCCAGUGCCUUUUCUGAAACUCCUGUGUCCCGGACCCCCCAGGCGGAGAAGGAUAUGCCGGAUUCUGCCUGGGGCUGGGCUCUAGGAGACCCCAAAUUUGACACCACAGAAAGCAAAUAAAACACUUGAAAUACGCA